UGAAGGAAAUCUUCACCAAAAUAUUUAGUAGAGAGAGAGAUGCCAACCCAAUGAGGACAAAGGGAGAUAGAGCCAUAGAGGCACUGUUUGGGCUCUUCUCCAACAAGGUGUAAUGGAAGGAAAAGUAGAGAGGGCUUCAAGUGAAAAGAGAUGGACUUUUAAGAGGAUUUGUGUCUUCUGUGGAAGUAAGCCUGGAUCUAAAUCCAUAUUCAGUGAUGCAACUGUGGCGCUUGGUAAACAACUGGUUGAAAGGAACAUUGAUCUGGUUUAUGGUGGAGGAAGUAAAGGCCUAAUGGGCUUGAUCUCCAAAACUGUUUUGGACGGUGGUCGCCAUGUUCUUGGAAUAAUUCCUAAAGCCCUCAUGCCAUAUGAGAUAACAGGAAAAACCAUUGGAGACAUAAAGAUUGUUUCGAGCAUGCAUGAAAGGAAGUCAGAGAUGGCGAAACGAGCCGAUGCUUUCAUUGCCCUUCCUGGUGGUUAUGGAACCAUGGAAGAACUAUUGGAAAUGGUAACUUGGAGUCAGCUAGGAAUCCAUGGAAAACCAGUGGGGCUAUUGAAUGUGGACGGAUACUUCAACAGUUUGAUUGAGCUAUUCGAUAAAGGAGUGGAAGAAGGUUUCAUAGUGGAUUCUGAAAGGCAUAUUAUAGUGUCAGCAGACACAGCAGAAGAACUAAUGAAGAAGAUGGAGGAGUAUGCACCAGUCCAUGAUGCAGUUACAUCAAAACGAAGCUGGGAAGAGGAUCAGUCAUCUGGAAUUAUUACAAAUGGGCGAGCUCAGUGACUUCAGAAUAUCUCAUAUUACCAUGCAAUUUUGAUAUAUGAAGACUUCUGAUGCUGUUGUGUCCAUUUUCGACUGCCUUUUAGAAUAAGUUUUUUGUUCUCCAAAAUAACCAAAAAGCAGAACAUGGUUUCAUUCUCAAAAAUAUAAAAUCUCAUAUGCAA